UGAAGUGGAAGAGCUGGUUUCAGUUCGCCGUAGUGCAAGUGUGUGCGGCUGGAGGGUGUCCCUGGGCUGUGCUGAGGAGGCUUUGGGUUGUGCAAUCCUUUCUGAGCGCCAGAGCAGAAGUCCUCCUCUGCUGUUGCAUGCUCCCCCCGCCUCUUUUUUUUUUUUUCAAGCUGUGAGCUCAACCGAUGAGUCAGAGCCGUGCAAUCCUGACACUGCAUCGCAGGGCUGGGGGUGACACAGAGGGAGAGAGCGAGGGAGAAAACACGGGCUCCGUGCGAACCAGGUAGUCAGAGCAGGACUUAGCCCUUGCACUACGAACCGAGGGUGACGGGACGCCAGGUUUUUGCGAGCAAACUUUCCACUCCCUCCCAGGACCGGGGGACGGAGGGCCCAUCAUCCAGGAAGGAGGGGGGUGGGUGGGCAGCGAGCGUCGGGUUUGUUUUUAAAUUUGGGGAGGUGCGUGCAAGCUGCUGGUGGUUCCCCGGGCCAUCGAAAUCAGUCCACUGCAGCAGGAAGGGAAGCCGAUACCGGAGCCUGCUGGCCCGCUCCCGGUCCUCGGGGCAGGCAAGGGGCACUGAAAAUUUUGGCACCAUGAAUUGGGGAAGGAUAAAAGAGGUGAUGUGCGGGAUUUGAGAGACCCUUUAGAAGAACCAGAAGGAACCUUGAGUGACUGACCAAGUCCACCUGAGUCUUCCCUGUUCCCCCCUUUUCUUCCUUUGGCGACUGGAAAUUAGCAUUCAGCAACCACUGGUGAGGGGAGCCCAUGCUCCAAGGGGCUUUUCCCUGGGGGAUGGGCAGCUGGUAAGCUGGUAUCUCUUGGCCCUGGCAUAGCAAACCACACGAUGAACCUCCAGGCCCAACCCAAGGCCCAGAACAAAAGGAAGCGGGUUCCGUUUUUCAGCGACCCAGAAACAGCAGCAGCAAAGGAGCAGCAGCAGCUGAAGGAGGGGCAGUAUUAUGGUCAUGGUGGGCCAGUUAGCAGCAUCCCUACCUCCCAGCCUGCCGAGCUACCCCCUCACAAUACCCUGUCGCUACUGAACUCAGUAGUUUACAGAACAGACCGGGGUAAUCCUCCCAUGCUUUCUCAACCGGUAGCAGCUGUGAAGUGGCCAAAUUCAGUGAUGGGCCGGGUGCCCGAACGGUGGGAUGCAAGCUGGCAGCAGCAGUCCCAGUCCUCUCCCCACCCGUUGUGGAACCAUGCAAUCACUAUGUAUGGUGGCCAAAAGGGGGCCCCCCACCCUGGGGUUGGGGUCUCGGGUUUCUACAGCCACCCCGAGGCCUUGAAACGAAGCCAGGAGAAAGGGAUCCUGCCACUGGAUCCGUACAAUGAUGCCAUACAGCAGAUGAUGUCCCAAAAGGCACAGCUGGAGCUGGGGAGGCCCCAGGCCCCAGUGAACUCCUUCCACACACCCAAGAAACCCCCGAGCCAAUUGCCCCUGCAGCCUUUCCAGUUGGCAUUUGGGAACCAGGUGAACCGCCACGUUUUCCGACAGGCCCCACCUGGUACCAAUCCAGCUGCCUUUCCCCCACAGCAGAAACAGCAGGCCCUCCCCCAGAUGCAGCUUUUUGAGAAUUUCUAUCCUCCCCAGCAGCAGCCUCCACCUCCACCCCACUCCCAGCAACCCCAGGACUUCAGCCUUCAGUCAGCUGGCCCCAUGGGUCAGGCUCACCUUGGGGCCCAUCACAGUAUGGUGCCCUGUCCCUUCCCUGCCAAUCCUGAGAUGAACCCAGAGCUCCUGAAGGCCCUUAUGCAGGACCAGUCUACGCAACCUGUGCUACCUCAGGCCCAGAUCUCCUUCCCACGGCGCUCCCGGCGCCUCUCCAAGGAAGGGAUUCUACCGCCCUCCUCAUCCACAGCUGCCCUGGAUGGCCCCCAACCCCGGGAAGAGAUGUCCAGCAACCUGUUCUUGCAUCACUGGUCACAGCAGCAGCACCUGCCCCAGGGUAGCCUGGUGCAGCCCCAUCCCGAAACCCUGGGUCAUGAGAAGGGCAGCCACCUCAUGCCCCAGUCAGAGCAAGGUGGGGCUAUUCUUGGUGGUCAACAGCACCUGCCUGAAGGGGAGAGACUAGCGCAGAAUGGCCGGGAGCGGGAGGCCCCUGAAGGCGGUGAUGCCUGGGGAGCCAAUGACUAUGGCGUGGUUCGAGGAGGGGUGAUUCAGAGCACGAGACGGCGGCGGCGGGCUUCCCAGGAGGCCAAUUUGCUAACAUUGGCUCAGAAAGCUGUGGAACUGGCCUCACUCCAGAAUCCAGUGGAUGCUGAAGGCCUAGAGGAGAGGCGGAAGACAGUGGUAGCAUCUGCAGCCAAGAGUGUGGUGGAGUUUGCUGGGCCUUCACCCCCCUCCAAACGGGCACGAGAAGACAGUGGGAUGGUGCCUCUUAUCAUUCCUGUGUCAGUCCCUGUGUGCAGGGUGGAUCUGCCAGAGGUAGCACAGCUGGGGUAUUCAGAUGAGGAAGGGAAAGUCCCUUUGGCCUCAGCGCCUGAUCGGAGCCCCACGGAACACAAACCCUCAGUCAUUGUCACACGAAGGAGAUCCAACCGGAAUCCCGUGGCCGAUGUGCCAGCCCAGGUUGAAGAUGUGGAUCCCAAGGGGGAUGGUGAGGGUUUGGUUCGAAAACCAAAGCAGAGGCCUCGACCUGAACCCUUGAUUAUCCCCACCAAGGCAGGCACUUUCAUUGCCCCUCCAGUCUACUCCAACAUUACUCCCUACCAGAGUCACCUACGCUCUCCCGUCCGCCUGACUGACCACCCAUCUGACAGAAACUUUGAGCUUCCCCCCUACACGCCCCCACCUAUACUCAGCCCUGUUCGUGAAGGCUCUGGCCUCUACUUCAACGCCAUCAUGUCAGCCACUGGCCUCGUUGCCCCUCCCCCCAUCACACCAAAGAGUGCUCACCGUACCCUACUCCGGUCCAACAGUGCUGAAGUCACUCCACCUGUUCUUUCUGUGAUGGGGGAAGUUACACCUGUCAGCAUUGAGCCUCGAAUCAACGUGGGGACUAGGUUCCAAGCGGAAAUCCCCCCAGUCCGGGACAGGGCCCUGGCAGCUAUGGAUCAGCAUAAAGCUGACCUGGUCUGGCAGCCGUGGGGAGAUCUGGAUGCUAGCAGGGAGACUCAAGGGCAAGUGGAAGACCUUCUGACCGCCGCCUGUUCUAGUAUCUUUCCUGGGGCUGGAACCAACCAGGAGUUAGCCUUGCAUUGCCUGCAUGAAGCCAAGGGUAACAUCUUGGCAACGCUGACCAAACUGCUUCUCAAGAAGCCACUGAGACCUCCCGAUCACCCACUGGCAAAUUACCACUAUACAGGGUCUGACCAGUGGAAAGUAGCUGAAAAAAAAUUAUUCAAUAAGGGCAUUGCCAUCUACAAGAAGGACUUCUUCCUGGUGCAGAAGUUGAUUCAGACCAAAACGGUGGCCCAGUGUGUGGAGUUCUACUAUACCUACAAGAAGCAGGUGAAAAUUGGGCGAAAUGGGACCCUGACCUUCGGGGAUAUCGAUGCCACCGAUGAGAAACUGGGUCAGGAGGAAGUGGAAGUGGACGUUAAGAGUUCCCAGAGGUUGACAAGGGUCCAGCCUCCCAGAAGGGAGGCCCCAAGUGAAGAAUGUGCAGUGGCCAAGAAGGAGGCCAAGAAGGAGGACAGGGAGGUGGAAGGGAAGCAGGAAGAGCAAGAAGAGGUGCGGGAGAGGAGCCGGAGGGCAGCAGCUGUCAAAGCUGCCCAGACGAUACAAGCCAACGAAGCGAUCAGUGACGUCCUCAUCCUCAGGAACCAUGAGUCCAGUGCUCCUGGGGUGGCCAGCAGCCGAGCCACGGAAAAGCCUAAGGAGAGCUCUGGGAAAUCUCGAAGAGGUGGACCCAUCACAGAGAAGAAGACCACAGAGACCUUAAGUAAAUCCCAGAACCAGGACAGCACGUUUCCUUGUAAAAAAUGUGGCAGGGUAUUCUUCAAGGUAAAGAGUCGCAGUGCCCACAUGAAGAGCCAUGCGGAGCAGGAGAAGAAGGCGGCAGCGCUGAAGCAGAAGGAGAAGGAAGCAGCAGCUGCAGCAGCCGCAGCGGCAGCUGCUGCCACCCGCCUCCAGGCCCGACGGGAGAACAGCGGCGGUGGUGGUGGUGGCGGUGGCGGCGGCGGCGACGGCAGCAGCAGUGGAAGCUCAGAUGAAGAUGGCGAGGCGUAGUGAGCCAAGGUAGUGGACUCAGCUGGGAAAGCAAUGAGGCUGGUUCUCCCCCACUCUCCCUGUGCUGGGUGAUUCCCCUCUCUAUACCUUCACCUGCCUUGUGGCUGCGGCUGCCUGGCCCAACAGACCCUCACUGGGGAUUCAGAUGGGAAUCAUGAAGACUUAAAAAAAUAUGGAACAAAAGACAAGCUUUUAUUUAAUUUAUGAAGGCCCUGGGAACAGUGUUACCUGGGACAGGACCUAGUUGUCCUUAUAUUGAGUCCGUCAGACCUUGUCCCUGUGCUUUUUCAGAAUGGUAGGACUCUUUCUCUCAUGCUUCUGGAGACUUCCAGCCUGGAGUCAUUGAUCUCCCCACCCCACCAAGCCAUGAGGCUAUUGGUCGCUGCUGCUACUUCUGCUGCUUUUUGGACACCAAACUCUUGCUGCACAAUUCUUCCUUUUUCUUGACCUUCCAUUCAUCCCCUGAGUCACUUGGAAGAUAUUUUAGGGGAUGGAAAGCUUAGCUCAAGUUUGCAAGAUUUCACCCCAUCAUACUGGACACGACUUACUGAAUGCCACCAGAAAUUGAGUGGCUCUGCCAGCAAGAUGCUCUCAGUGUCUCUCCUCCCUGGCUCAGGUGGGUGAGACAGAGUGGCCCCUUCUGGGAGGGGAACAUUUGGUCUUCUCCUUUAACCUGCCACCUUGUACUAGCCUGGUCAAGCCCCCAGCCAGGGACAAUAAGGAGUAGGCAAGCACACUGAUACCCAAACCAAAGCUUUUCUAAUUAUCCAUUCCCAGCAUCCCUUCUUCCCCUGGAGGGAGGCUGCUGGGUAUGCAUUGUGCGCCUGGACAGAUGGGAAAAGAGUGAAAGAAAGAAGUGGCAGAGAUCCAGAUUUUUUUCCCCCAUUACCCGUUUGAGGGCCUUAACUUUCCUGUUUCCUGGCAACUCUGCCCAGAGCUGAGAUGAAUUUCUCAAAUCUUUGGAGCUCCAAGCCAAAAUUAGUGGCACCUGCCUCUGCUAAUAGACCUUCCUGGGGAAAGGGAGCUAGUCAGAGGGCUGUCUCUGCUGGAGAGAAAGAACUGGAGAGAAGGCUGCCUAUCAAGCAAAAGGUGGCCAAGUUUUUACUAAAUUGGACUCAUCCUGAUUUCUCACCCCCUUGCCAGAUGCUUUCUGGCCCCUAGCUACUGUGAAAGAGGGUAGUUAAGGAGUGACUAGCUAAAAGUCAUUCAGGACCUCCUCCUUAUGACUAAACUUAAUAAUCCUAAGGGGAUGCCUGAGCUGACAGCCUUCAGCUUUCCUGGUGGUGGUCUCCUAUAGUUCUAAGGCCUGAACCAGUCCACCCCCAGCUCCUCAAAUUGCCAAAAUACAGCCCUCAGGUUUCAUGCUGUGACUGACCACUGUUGUUUGGAAGGCAGACUCCCAGAUUUCUUUAGAUUUCUGGAUCCUUUCCUAUCAGAGCAGUCACUGAACUAGAUGGAAAAGGGUUAUGAUUUGGAGGUUAUUUCUUUUUCAUAUUUAAUUUUUCACAUCCUCUCAGGGAGCAGGGGCCUCUUGCUUUCCAGAGGCCCAAUUCAUUUGUCCAAAAGUAAGACAUCUACCUGCCCUCAGAGGGAAAUGAUACCAUGUACCUGGGGUGUAGGACCUUCUCUGUCACUGUGGGAACUGGCCCCUGACAGUGGAGGAAAGGAGGUUUUCCUAAACCCACCACAGAACGCCUGCUAAAAGCAACAGAGAGCUCAAGUCAGAAAAUUCAACAUUUGGAAAAGGAUUUUUUUUUUUAAGAAAUUGAAAACACUGCUGCUUGCUCAGUUUUCUUGCCUCCAUUUUCAGGGCAGUGGUGGUGGAAAACCCAUUCAAUUCUGGGCUUAGUUUGGGUUCCAUUCGAGUAGGCCAAGGAUUCUACUCACAGAACAAAACUAUUGUUAGUGGGAUACAGGUAUACUGGAAUUAAUGGAAUGAAAACUUAGAACAAGAAAAAGGUUUUGAAAAUAGCCUGUGGGAUUCAGAAGAGUCUGUCUGAUUCUAGGGGUGGAUUCUUUUCUGGUCGCAUACCUAAACUUUAUAAGUGAGAUCCGAAGGAAGUAGCAUUCCCAGUGAGGGAGUCCAGGUAACUAGGUGUAUCAGGCUAGUGAUUUGGGGAGGGAAUUGCUUGUAAACUAUGCACUGUCAGGUAUUCUUCAUUUAUACAUUAAUGUGGGUCUCUAGGGCCCCCACAGAGGGAGUAACCAAAUCCUUCUGCCUAGCCUCCUAGAGAAUGACCUAGAUUUCCUAAAUCUUUGCCCACUGAUCUGUUUUCUUCCAUAAGAUUGUGCAAAUUCAAUGUCCUAAGAUUGUCUAAAAUUUUGUACAUGAUCCAAAAGCAGGAAGUUAAGCUCAAUAUGAGUGCCUUCUCAGCUCAGCCUUGAAGUGCUACUUACAUGUCCCAAGAUUUUUCUAUUUAAAAAUUCCUUUGGUUUCAGUCCUUGUUUAGACACACAACAGCUGCUCUUGUAACAGAAACCUUCAGCCAGAUGAAGACCCUCCCUUCCAUUCACUCAGAAAGUGGUAGAACCCAGUCUGUUGGAAUUCUUUGAAUAAUAAAGUGAUUCUCUUUCACCCCUCCCCCCAGCUAGCUGGGACCUUCCUGGGUAAGGGUAGGCAAGUAAGACAAGACCAUAUCUCUGUUAAUUUGGGGAGAGAAAAGUUAUCUCCAGUAAAAUGGGAAAAUUUGUGUCUUUAAAGAAUUAAAGGCAAUCAUGGCUAAUAAAAUACAUAUAAAACAGAAUCUGUAAACAAAGCUAAACAUAUCCUUCAAUGGUGCUGUUCUCGAUCUGUGAUAGGUUCAGUCACAUUUUUUUCUUUUAUUUGCUUAACCUAAUCAGAAAGUCCAUUGCUUUGGGAAGUUGAAUAAUUAGACUGGAAGUCUCCAGCUUUAAGGAUUUCUGUCUCCUUCCCGCUCCCUAACAUUCUAUGUCCAUUGCAAUAGCCACCAUCACCACUCACCUAAGGAAGGGCAUAAACCCUAGAUCUCGGAUCUAGAUGGGGAUGGGGGAAUCUGUUGCCUGAAGGAAGGCCUUUUGUCAACUGUCAGUGCUAUACAACCUGGGGUGUGAUUUGGGUAACAGUGUGGAUACAUGCUUUGUUGCAUUUUGAUAUUUCCUCAGGCUGACUUUUGUCCUUUGAAAGAAAAGGGAUUCCCCACCUCUGAUCUGGACCGUGAAUUUGGUCUUAGGGAGCAGGGUAGUACCAUUUUUUUUUGUUGCCUUUAAUCUCCAUCCAUGGUUAAAAUACAUUCCCUCCUCUUCUGCCAUCCACAUACCUCCCACUGUACCAAAUGGAGUUUAACUAGUGGUACAGGGGUUUUAUAUGCUGCUUGGGUCAAAAGGGAUUGUCUGCAUUCAACUGCCUCUGUGAAGCUGCUUCUCAUUCUCAUACCAUAUGCUAAGGAUGAAGGGAGAAUACGAUGCAUAUUCGAGCCUCAGCUGUUUCAAUGUUCUUUCUGGGGAGUGCUUCUGGGAUGGUGUUACCAGACUGGAAAGCCUGACUCUUUAGGUUUACGGAGAAUAUGCCUGUUUCUAGAAAACAUUUCUAUAUUCAAGACCAGAUAUUCUCUCUUCCCAUCGUGUUAUGUUAAUAUUGCUAACAACAAUUUGCAGCUGUUUCAACCAUUACUUAUUUAAAUCUGUAAGUUGGAGGUCUUUUGGGAGGGGAUAGAGCACAGGAACAGUCAGUCUGUAAUUAUUGUAUAAAUGCUUUAAUAGCAUAUAAAUAAGUACAUUACUUUUAUUUUGAAAAAAUGAUCAGACACUGCCUUUUGUGUGUUUGCUGCCUGUGGCAACCUUUUUAAAGACUGUUACAUAUUAAAAUAGUGUACAUAUAUAUUAUAUAUAUAUAUAUAUAUAUAUAUAUUAUUUACCUCUUUUGCUGUACAGUUGUGAUAGACCAGACGGAAGAUUUUAUUUUUUGUGUGCUUUUUAUAAAAAAAAUUAAUACACUAAAGAAAAUCUUGCUGAUGUGAUUGUAAUGUACCCAUGUAACUUAUUUACUUUUGAAUGUCUUUCCAUAUCUCUAAACCUUUUAUUAAAUAAGGUUUUAAAAAUUCA